AUGAUAAUACAACUACCUAAGCUAUUAGAAAAUACAAAAUGUAGACCAUUUGCUCAUCACAAUUUUCGCCACCGAAGAUCAAAUUCGCCCCAGUCAAAUUACUUUAAUAAGGGUGAUAAGCUAAGAUUUGAAUCUAUACCUAUGGAGAACAGACCCCAAGAGAUUAACGAUAGACCUCAUACGUCAUUUCAUAAUCGUCGAAACAAUGAUCGUAGCAGCUGCAAAAGUGUCCCUCGAGAAAGAGCUUCCCAAAUCUUUAGUGAUACAAAACCGAUAAGAGAAAGAGAGAGUCUUGGACUUUUAGAUAAGCUUUCGCUUUAUAAGCAUAAUGACACUCUACAAGAGCCAAGCUUAGCCUGGCUUCUUUGCGAUUAUAAUAAAAAACAGCCAAAAGCAAAAGAAAAAGAAAAUAACAGCUCAAAAGAAGUAUUUCGGCUCCGAAAUGAAAAAAUCAGCCUUCCCAGCAAAUAUUCAACAAGUAAUCGAGAUACUCCUUUAAAGCAAAGGCUUAAGAAAGCUAAAAAUCUAUUAUUUUCUCAGAAAACAGUAUCUAACGACGAAAACAUCAAAUGCUAUUCUUUAAACAUAAAAAAAUUCACUUCAGAUAUAAAAAACACGACAUUUGCUAAGCCUUCCAAACAUCCGGAGAAAUCUCACACAACAAUUGAAAUUCAAACAGACCUAAUCGGUGAGGACACGGUAAUUCACAUCCCGGACUGCAUUUCCGAAAGCAACAGCCAAGAAGAAGACAGCCCAAUGCACCAAUACCACCCUAAAUAUCUUUAA